AUGUCAAUGCCAUGGCUAAUAGGUGGUGACUUUAAUGUAAUUCAUAAUAAAGAAGAGAAGAUUGGAGGCUUGCCUAAUUUCCCUCAGGAAUAUGAAGAUUUUGUUUGUUGUGUCAAUUCCUGUAAGUUGUCUGAGGUUAACUUCAAAGGCAGCCCUUUUACAUGGUGGAAUGGUAGAACAAAUGGAGAAUGCAUUUUCAAAAGGUUGGAUAGGAUGCUUGUUAAUGAUCUGCUUCAAUCCUGGUUUGGUCAAAUUGAAUUUUGGACUGAGCAUGCAGAUUUUCCUGAUGUAGUUAGGCAACAUUGGCAAGGUGAUUCAACUGAUGUUUUCCUGGCUUUUAAGCAGAAAUUGAAAAGUAAGCAAUUCACUCAAGAGCCUCAGCAGGAGAAGUUUUCAAUAUUGGGCCAUAUUCAAGAACUGGUGACAGAGGAGGAUAAUGUUGUAUUUUGCAGUAGUCCAAGUCUUGAAGAAGUCAAGCAAGCAGUAUUUAAACUAGCUGGGGAUAGUGCAAGUGGCCCUGAUGGUUUAUCAGGUUUGUUUUACCAGUCAUAUUGGGAUAUAGUUGGUGUUGAUGUGCAUAAGGUGGUGAAGGCUUACUUUGAGGGUCAUACUCUUCCUAAGUCUAUAACACACACAAACCUUGUAUUGUUGCCUAAGAAGAAUAAAGUUGAGACAUUUUCUGAUAUGAGGCCAAUAAGUCUUAGCAACUUCAUAAACAAGAUAAUCUCUAGAGUGUUACAUGAAAUUGUGUCUGACAUCAGAUUGAGAGGAAAACCUGCAAAUGUAGUUUUGAAACUUGAUAUGACUAAGGCCUAUGAUAGAGUAUCAUGGUUAUUUUUAACUAAGGUACUCAGGAAGAUGGGGUUUGCAGAAAGGAGUGUGGACUUAGUAUGGAGAUUGUUGGCUAAUAACUGGUACUCAGUGCUAGUUAAUGGUCAACCUCAUGGCUUCUUUCACUCAACUAGGGGUGUCAAGGGUGGCAGUAACUACAGGAUUUCAAGAGGCUCAUUUCUUUUUGUGUACUUAGGAUGCCCAAUUUCUCAUGCUAGGAAAAGGAAAACAGAUUAUUCUGAACUUAUUAAAAAAGUGAAGGAUAAACUGCAAGCUUGGAAAGGGAGGUUGCUAUCACCUGGAGGAAAGGCUGUGCUGAUAUCAAGUGUACUUCAAAGUAUCCCUAUAUAUCUAUUAUUUGCAGUGAAACCUCCAAAAUGUGUUAUCAAGGAAAUACACCAGAUUUUUGCCAAAUUUUUCUGGAGUAAUAGGGAAGAUGUCAAAUCUAGGCAUUGGUCUGCAUGGCUUAAUAUAUGUUUUCCUAAGGAGGAGGGUGGUUUGGGCUUCAGAUCCUUUUUUGAUGUGUCAAAGGCAUUAUGUGCUAAAUUAUGGUGGAAUUUUAGAACCACAAACUUACUAUGGGCCAAUUACCUAUGGAACAAAUACUGCAAGAAGCAAUAUCCUCAGUAUGUCCAAUGA